AAACACUGCACCCGCCUUUCGAGGAAGUGACACAGCCUUUUCCGCCGCCGGUUCCUCCCCUCGGCGGUCCUCGUUUUCUUCGCAGUUUCUUGUGUUGUUAACUUGAUAACAAUAGGCGCUCCAGUCAUUCUCUGCAUUUUGGUGUUUCUCUGUUUUUCGUUCGUUUAGAUUAGGGUUGGUUCUUAAGUUGGCAUGGCAAGAAAACGUAGCAGUGAAUCAAGUAAAGAUGAUGUGAUAAAAAACAGUAGUGAAUCCAGUGGAGAUGAUGUGAAGGAUGGCGAGAGAGAUAGGUAUCGUCAUCGUAGUAGUAGCAGCAAGAAGAGUUCCAAAUCCGACCGUCCUUCUAGAUCUGAUGGUCGUCACUAUCGCAGGGAUAAGAGUGAUGAUAGUGACUUGGAAGAAAGAAACAGAGCUAAGAGGGAUGACAAUACGCGUAAUGGCGAGGAGGAUAGGGAUAAAGAUGAGGGCCGGAAGAGUAAACAUAGGGAAAUAAAGGAAGAAUCUGAGAGUUCUGAGGAAGAGGGCCAGAUAAAAGGAACGGUUAGGGAAGAAGAAGAAGAAGAAGGGGAGAGAUCGCGUAUGCAUUAUGAUCAGCGUCGUGGAAAGAAAGAAGGUGAGGAUGGUCUUGGUGUUAGGGAGUCCUGUGGGAGGUAUGAUGAGGAUGGCAAGCGAGCAGAGAAAGAUAGAUACAGAUCGCGAGAGAGGACCUAUGAGCAUGAAAAUGGCGAUGGAUGGCGUGGAGCUGAGGAGGACAGACGUAGAAUUAAAGAUCGCAGGGUGCGUCAUGAAUCGGAGGAAGAAUAUGAUAGGGUCAGGAAAUCAGAAAGGGAUAGGGAUAGGGAUAGGGAGAGGAACAGGGAUAAGAAUAGGGAUAGGAGGCAUAGAGCUGAAAGGGAUGGUGACAAUGAGAGGGAUCGUAGGGAGAAGGAUGUGAGCAAGCGACAGGAAGAAAGUAGGAAGAAAGAGGAUGGACAUGGAAGAAUGGUUGACAGUGCAAGAACUCAACGAGAGGUCAAGAUCCCAGAAGGUAACCUGAAUGGUGAUGCAUCUAAUUUGGGCAAGAGUGGAGGUGUUUACAUUCCCCCUUUUAAGUUGGCUCGGAUGAUGAAAGAAGUUCAGGAUAAAAGUAGUGCUGAGUAUCAACGGUUAACGUGGGAUGCUCUAAGAAAGAGCAUUAAUGGACUUGUGAACAAAGUAAAUGCUACUAAUAUAAAAAACAUAAUCCCGGAAUUAUUUGCUGAAAACUUGGUUAGGGGAAGAGGCCUCUUUUGUCGGUCAUGUAUGAAGUCCCAGAUGGCAUCUCCGGGUUUUACGGAUGUCUUUGCUGCGUUGGUUGCUGUUGUGAAUACCAAGUUUCCUGAGGUGGGGGAACUUUUGUUAAGAAGGAUUGUUUUGCAGCUAAAGAGAGCUUAUAAACGGAAUGACAAGCCCCAAUUACUAGCUGCUGUUAAAUUUAUAGCACAUCUGGUGAAUCAGCAAGUGGCUCACGAGAUCAUUGCUCUAGAGUUACUUACAGUUUUACUUGAAAAGCCUACCGAUGACAGUGUUGAAGUAGCUGUUGGUUUUGUCACAGAAUGUGGUUCAAUACUGCAGGAUCUCUCUCCUAAAGGCCUUCAUGGUAUUUUUGAGCGGUUUCGUGGAAUUCUUCAUGAAGGAGAAAUUGACAAACGUGUUCAGUUUCUGAUUGAAGGCUUAUUUGCAAUUAGAAAAGCCAAGUUUCAGGGCCAUCCAGCUGUUCGUCCUGAGCUGGACCUUGUGGAGCAGGAAGAUCAGUUAACACAUGAAGUCUCCUUGGAUGAGGAUAUAGAUCAAGAGAUCUCCCUUGAUAUAUUCAAGCCAAACCCCAAUUUCCUGGAGAAUGAGAAGCGUUAUGAAGAGUUGAAGAAAACAAUACUGGGUGAGGAAUCUGAGGAUGAGGAAGGCUCUGAUGCAGAGUCAGAUGAAGAUGAUGAAGACAAUGAAUCUGAUGAAGAGGAAGAAGAAAGUAUGGAAAUAAAAGAUGAAACAGAGACAAAUCUUGUCAAUCUUCGAAGAACAAUUUACUUAACAAUAAUGUCUAGUGUAGAUUUUGAGGAAGCGGGUCAUAAGCUUCUGAAAAUUAAGUUAGAGCCUGGUCAAGAGAUGGAAUUGUGCAUUAUGCUUUUGGAAUGUUGCAGCCAAGAGAGAACUUACCUUCGAUAUUAUGGUCUUCUGGGGCAGCGUUUCUGCAUGAUCAACAAAGUACAUCAAGAAAAUUUUGAAAAGUGCUUUGUGCAGCAGUACUCAAUGAUUCAUCGACUUGAAACCAAUAAACUGCGAAAUGUGGCAAAGUUUUUUGCUCAUUUACUUGGCACAGAUGCUCUACCUUGGCAUGUUUUAUCAUAUAUACGCUUGACUGAAGAGGACACAACUUCUUCUUCACGUAUAUUUAUUAAGAUUCUCUUCCAGGAAUUAUCAGAGCAUCUUGGCAUUCGGCUGCUGAAUGAGCGAUUAAAUGAUGCCACAAUGCAGGACUCUUAUGAAUCCAUAUUUCCAAAAGAUAACCCAAAAAACACACGGUUCUGCAUUAACUUCUUCACAUCCAUUGGACUUGGUGGUCUUACUGAGAACCUACGUGAGUAUUUGAAGAAUAUGCCACGUCUUAUCAUGCAACAACAGAAACAAGUUUCUGAUUCUGAAUCAGGUGAAGAGUCAGGGAGUUCUGUUUCAUCAGACUCGGUAACAGCUAGUUCCGAGUCUGACUCAGACUCGGCUAGUUCUGAUGAAAGUGACAGAAGACGAAGAAAGAGGAGGAGAAAGUGAAGCAAUUUUAUGAUGUUGUCGAAGGCUCUUGCAUCCACAAAAUGAGUGUCCAUGAUUUCAUAUCUGUAAAUCACUGAAUUAACUUGCCUUUUUAUGUAUUGUGAAAGGGGGAAGUGGGCUCUGCUGGUUGACCGAUGUUAAGCUUAUUUUCUGAAUAGUUGUUCUGCUUGGAAUGUCUUUAUCUAUCUGGAUUUGUUUAAUUUGUUCUUAAGAUCAUAAUUUUCGUUAUAGUCUAGCUCUGGCUUUGAAAUUUCGUAUGUAAGUACUGCUGUAGAACCUUAUGCAGUAGAAACUGUAGGCGAAAAUGCUAAUUCAGUUGCUCCUAAA